GAAGGUACUAGAUCGAGGUGGAGAAUUACAAGUGAUGUUGCCCACUCAAGACCGUGUCACUUCUGGUGAUGUCUGUCUCUUAACCGAGAGCCCGUUCAGAAUACUCAGGGCAGCAGAGAGCGGCAAUGUGGAAGAUUUCAUGCGAUUGUAUAUGAGUGAGCCAACUCGUCUUACUGUAAAAGAUGCUCGCGGAAGGACACCUGCGCACCAAGCGGCAGCAAGAAACCACACAAACAUCCUUCUCUUUAUCAAGAACUAUUCUGGAGAUUUGAAUGUUCGAGACAAUAUGGGAAACACCCCACUUCAUAUUGCUGUUGAGAAUGAGUCUUUAGACGCCAUCGAAUAUCUUCUGCAACAACAUGUUGAUACCGGAAUUUUAAACGAGAAGACCCAAGCACCCAUACAUUUAGCUACCAUACUAAACAAGGUGUCCGUUUUAAAAGCCUUCGCCAAGUACAAGACUGAAUUUAAUGUUGAUCUUGGUGGUGAACAUGGUCGUACUGCUCUGCACUUCGCAGCGAUACAUGACCACGACUUAUGCGCGGAGAUAUUGAUCACGGAUUUAAAUGCUGAGAGCAAACGUCCAUGCAAUAAUGGUUACUAUCCUAUUCACGAAGCAGCAAAGAAUGCCUCCUCAAGAACAAUGGAAAUAUUUCUUCAAUGGGCGGAAUCCAGGGGAUGCAGUCGUGAACAAAUGUUGUCGCUCUACGAUAAUGAAGGAAAUGUUCCUCUUCAUUCCGCAGUACAUGGUGGGGACAUUAAGGCUGUUGAACUAUGCCUUAAGUCUGGAGCAAAGAUUUCAACCCAGCAACACGACUAUUCUACUCCUGUUCAUCUAGCAUGUGCCCAGGGCGCGCUUGAUAUUGUAAAGCUUAUGUUUACAAUGCAACCAGCAGAGAAAAUGUCAUGUCUUAACUCGUGUGACGUUCAAAAAAUGACACCAAUACAUUGUGCUGCAAUGUUUGACCAUCCAGAUAUUGUGAACUACUUAGUGUCUGAAGGUUCAGAUAUGAAUCCAUUAGAUAAGGAGAUGCGAUCUCCAUUAUUACUUGCCGCUUCAAGGGGUGGUUGGAGAACUGUUCACGUGCUGAUACGUCUUGGCGCCGAUCUUAAGUUAAAAGAUAUAAACAUGAGAAACGUUUUACACUUGAUUGUAAUUAAUGGAGGCCGGCUUGAGGAGUUUGCAAAGAAUUGCCAAGUAAGUAUAAAUUUAGCAAUGCUCUUGAAUGAGAAGGAUAAGACUGGUUGCUCUCCUCUGCAUUACGCAAGUCGCGAAGGACAUAUUCGAUCGUUGGAAAACUUAAUUAAACUUGGGGCUUGCAUAAAUCUCAAGAAUAAUAAUAAUGAGAGUCCUCUACACUUUGCAGCAAGAUAUGGCCGUUAUCAUACCGUUUGUCAGUUGCUCGAUUCUGACAAGGGUACGUUUAUAAUUAAUGAAAGUGAUGGCGAAGGUUUAACGCCUUUACAUAUUGCAUCACGGGAGGGGCAUACAAGAGUAGUUCACUUAUUGCUCAAUAGAGGCGCGCUCCUACAUAGAGAUCACAACGGCCGUAAUCCGCUCCAUCUAGCGGCAAUGAGCGGGUACACUCAAACUAUUGAGCUUUUACAUUCAGUGCACUCACACCUGUUAGAUCAAGCUGACAAAGAUGGCAAUACACCGUUACAUCUUGCUACUAUGGAGAAUAAACCAAACUCAAUUGCUCUAUUAUUAUCAAUGGGGUGUUGCCUGAGUUACAAUUCUCUUGAUAUGAGUGCCAUUGACUAUGCUAUCUAUUACAAGUUUCCUGAGGCCGCCCUCGCCAUGGUUACUCACGAGCACAGAGCCCAAGAAGUUAUGGCUCUAAGAUCUGAUCGCCACCCUUGCGUGACAUUAGCCCUUAUAGCGUACAUGCCUCGUGUAUUUGAGGCUGUUCAGGACAAAUGUAUAACGAAAGCGAACUGCAAGAAAGAUUCAAAAAGUUUUUAUAUUAAGUACCGCUUCAGAUACUACCAACACACGAAACUUGAAAUUGCAGCGCUGAGACAGGCGCUAGACAACCCCAAGUUUCGCCCCGAACCGUUGUCUGUUAUCAACGCUAUGGUUGCGCACGGUCGGGUGGAACUGCUGGCUCAUCCUCUAAGUCAAAAAUAUCUACAAAUGAAAUGGAACUCGUACGGAAAAUACUUUCACUUAAUGAAUUUACUGUUUUAUUGCAUAUUUCUUGUUUUUAUCACCCUCUAUGGAUACCUUCUUAUGAGAAACACGACUGAAUUUGAGAAGCGAUCACUUCUUAUGCGAAACGUCAGCGUUGAGAAUCAGACAUCCAUGUUUAAUAAUUUUUCGAGGCAGUCAAAAACCUUUACGUUUACUAACAUUACUUCACCAAUAUUCCCAUUCACAAUUGCCUUUGAGUCAAUGGUAGCGUUUUACACGUGCGCUAUGGCAAUCCGUGUUUACACUUGUAUUUAUUUUGUUUGGGAACUUUAUAACAUUAAGCAACAGAAAUGGCAUUACUUGGCUGAUCCUGCAAAUUUUGUGUCGUGGAUUUUGUACGUGAGCUCAUCAUUAAUGGUCUGGCCUUCUCAAUCCUCUGAAGUUUGUUUUUUUUUUCAGUACUCAGCCGCGUCACUGACCAUGUUCUUAUCAUGGUUCGAACUCUUAUUGCUCUUACAACGAUUUGAUCAAAUUGGAAUCUACGUUGUCAUGUUUUUGGAAAUAUUACAGACUCUAAUAAAAGUUUUGAUGGUUUUUUCAAUUUUGAUUAUUGCAUUUGGACUAUCUUUCUACGUGCUCCUGUCAAAAGUUGGUUUCGCUGCUACGGGUCACCACCUUUCAUUUAAUAGUAUCCCAAUGGCACUGAUGCGCACCUUUGCAAUGAUGUUAGGUGAAAUCGAUUUUGUGGGAACAUACAUCCAGCCCUAUUAUAACACAGAGUCGCAGACGGACCUUGUUUUACCGUUUCCUUUAAUGACCUUCUUUAUGCUUGGCCUGUUCAUGGUGUUUAUGCCGAUUCUUUUAAUGAACCUCCUUAUCGGUUUGGCUGUUGGUGACAUCGAAAGUGUGAGACGGAACGCUCAAUUGAAACGGUUGGCUAUGCAAGUAGUUCUACACACAGAACUCGAAAGGAAACUUCCAGCAUUUUGUUUGGAGAAAGUUGAUAAAGACGAAGUAAUUGAAUAUCCUAACACAAAUCACUGCAAACUUGGUUUCUUUGAGACUUUACGUAAAUGGUUUACAAACCCAUUUUCUGAAGAUGCUACUUUAGACAUAGUACUUGAAAGUAACGAGGAUUAUGUAGCGUCACAGUUGGAAAAACAAAAAUAUCGACUCCGGGAAAUGAAUCACUUAAUGGAACAACAGCAAACACUUCUACGACUCAUUGUGCAAAAAAUGGAGAUAAAAACAGAGGCGGACGACGUAGAUGAAGGAAUUGCACCAAGUGAGAGCAGAUUCCUUCCCCGUUGGAACUCCCCAAGAAUUCGCAAGAAACUGCGAGCCGGCUCUUCCUUCAACAAGGGAAUGUGAAAUACGCUUUCCUCUUCUGCAUUGGUUCCAGUACCCCGUGUAAAUAGACCACCCCGUAGCUACAGAUAUGUGUA